AUGCGGGAUGCCUCGGUGCAUCACAUGCUUAAUGAGUUGGUCGACCUUAGCCACAGCAUUGCCGCUCUACUGGAUGAGGGACAGAUUUCUUCGCACCCCGACGUUCCAAGUGCAGGGGACCGACAGCAGGAGGCCAGUCUCAAGACACUGGAAAUCGAGCGCAUUGUGCGCAGGGUGGAGGCGCACUUUAUCGAUCGCAUUCAGUUGCUGGAGACGGUGAACGCCUCUUUGACGAAAGAAGUCCAGGAGCUGCGCGAGGUUCUUGCAACCCAGCGCACCAAUGAUACUGCCGGUCAGGCGAGCGUCCUGCGCGACGUAUGCGGUAGACUGCGGGAAGAGUCGCAGACGUUGGAUCUCUUGGACAAGGUUUCGUCAGACGAGACCGGCAACGGUACUGCCGUCAGCGAAGCCGAGCACCUGCGGCGCGUACUUGUGGCGGAAAAGCGUCAGCGGUUGCGCGUUGAGGAGCAGACUCAGUCGCUGGCGGAGCAGCAUGCGAGGGUGGUGGGGACGCUGGAGCGGCGCCUCAAAAGGCAGGAGGAGCAGCUCUACGAUCUUAUCGCGGCCAUCGAGCGGAGCUACGGCGGAGGGUCAUCCGUGACAGCUGCGCCUCUAACAGGCAGCUCCGAGCGCGGCUCCUCUCAUCGAUUUGCCACACCACGCCGCCUCCUCCGCCAGCAGCUUGCGCAACACCAGCAGACGCAGCGGGCACUGCAACAGUACAAGGAGAGCCUCUGUUUUGAGCUGCCGUCUCUCGUUGAGAGCGGUGAGGCGGCGGCAACCAUGAAGGAGCUUGGGCUGGAUGACGUGCAGCACACUCUAGAGUCGAUUCGGUUAAGCAAACCCCUCGCCGCGCAGAAACACAAUCAUGAUCAGGAGGCAGCUCAGGAGACUCUGGUUGCUCGUCCACCUCUACGAGCUGUCCGUGAGCAGCAGGCCGUGGCGCGCUCGCCUGUGGAUGGGCUACAGGCGAGCGCGCCACCCGCUGUUGCUCAACGAGCCGUUCUCACUUCUGCCAGCGAUGUGGACGAAAUAACGACGUUUCUGGAGAACAUUACGAAGGAGUUGGAGAGCCUCGACGCUCAGUAG